AAAAAAGAAUAGCGAUAUCUUCGCUUAGAUUGGUUUUAAGAUUGGUUAGUAACUUUAAACCUGUUUCGAGUUUGAUUAGGUUUCAUCUUUCCCCUUUGAACUUGAACAGAACUCUUCUUAUCGGUACAAACCAUUUUCUGGUAUCGUUGUUAUUGUUAUUAAUAUUUACCCAAAAAACAAUUGGACAGAUAAUAUUCAACAGAGGUUAAAAACUGGAUCAUUGACGUUUGAAAAAAGGAGAAAUAAAAUAAUGGGUAACUAAUAUCAGGUUAGGAAUUAAAUCUGAAAAGGAAUCAUGGUUUGAUUGUAUCAUGUUUUUGUAUGUGCAGUAAAGAAAUCAAAACUGGUCUUUCCGCUGAAUUGAAGUCACAAAUCAUAACCAAUCAUUGUUAGACCAAUAGUUAACCGAUACUUGUGCAAAUAUAAGUCCAAUUGUUUUAUACUUUGCUAUCUGAAUUGUGACCCUUUUGCGAUUACCAACGUUUGAUAGUUUUUAACCCAACUGAUUAUUUUAGCCUUUGUUUCUCGAAGUGAAUCCUAAAUUUUUCCACACUUGAUUUCCGUUGUUAUCUUAAAAAUUGUUCAUCUACACCAUGAAUUUGAAUGCGAUUUUAAGUCAAAUCUUUUCCAUUCAUCUUUGUCUUUAUGUGACCCUUUUUUGCCUAUUGCUAGAAGUUAAUUGCGAUCAAGAUGCAAAUGAGUGGAAAUUGUACAAAGAGUUAGGAGGAACGCCAAUGGAUUUAUUAAAUAAAUUAGAUGACAAACGAGGGAUUAAUCUUGGACGAAAGAUGAUGUGCAGGAUGGAUCCAAGGAAUUGUGCUGGGCUUCUCUCCGAUUCCAGUCCAUAUCAACGAAAUGUUGUUUACAGACGAGCAGAAGGAUUCCUUCACUCGGAUGAUUCUCAAAGGGAUUCAUUAUCACGAACAACGGAGUCAAGAUUACCAAUAUUUUCAGAUAGACGCUAUUAAGUUGGAAAUGGGUUCAAACCAAAGUCAAGCCAAAAGACAAACCAAAUUAAACAAUGAAAUGUAAACCUGAAAUCCAACUUGAUUGAACAUGGAAGGAAAGGAACAAAAAUUUCUUCACAAAAUCCCAAAGACAAAAAAAUAUUGGAAUAAGCCAAAACUCUCUUAUAUUGACAUUUGGGAAACACUUUUUAAAUUUCAGUUUAAUACAGUUUUCAAUUCUAAAUAGUAAAGUACAUAUUUCUUGAUUUGCUUUUCUUCCUCUCACCAUUAUCUGAAAAUGUAAUUGAAUCUGAAACACGGACUGAACCAAUCAUCAAGGUUAACCCAUUUUGUUGCUGUUUUUCCUGUUGUUGUUGUUGGAAACAUUAUUAUUGCCAUUAUUAUUGCCACAACCAUUAUUAUAAAAAGCUAAGGCCCAAAGCAUGGAGAAAGUUAUGAUUGGAAAUCUUGAAAGGCAAAAGACUUGAAAUGGAGAAAAAAGGAAAAGAAAAUUCUGAAUAUAAAAUGGAUUCUCUGGAAUUGCUAAAGAAAUGCUAUUCAACUAAACACACACACACAUAUCUUAUUGUUAAUGUGAUUAUCUGGUACAAAUCAAUCUAAUUUUAGUUCCUUUAUUGGUGUGUCAUUAUAAUCUUUAUUUAAUGUACAACGUUGAAUCUGAAGGCAACAUGAAUCAACAUGAAAGUCGUAAUAAAAUUUUCAACCUGAAAA